AUGCCUGGCUAUGACUGGUACACGAAGUCGGUACACCGAACCCUGGAUACAGGAGCGCUAAACGCGGUGAAUGGGACGGGCCAUCGGUUUGGCCCCGUGGAGCCAUCUUCUAGAGAGUGGGUGACUCCCGAACUCCUGGCCGCGCAGCGGGCUGGCCGGGAAAGUCAACACAAACCGAUCACCAUUGACCAAGAGGCACUCACCGCAAUCGACGAGAACCACCACUACGAGGUCAAGGGCUGGGAGCUGGGGCAGGUCGCCGAGAGGUGGGAUCAGGAGGUCGAGGGCAGGAGGGUGCAGGGGGCGGGCACUGCGCGAGGCGGGCCUACCAGCGAGGCGAGGGCGGAGCAGGGCAUCAAAGGGCAGGCCGAGCGGAUGCCGAGCAAGACAGGCCGGCAGUCCGACGAAGCGGCACAGCCACAGCACGUGGAGCGCCGAAGAAAAGCCGAGCGAGGCGCUUGCACGGAGCGUGCACGGAACGGAGACCGAGACCCGAAUCCAAGGGGCAUCGGGACUGGCGUGCAGACCGAGCGAGCGACGAGCGCGUGA